UGGCUAUUUAUGCGACCACCUCACCACCAAAACUACCUCAGCGCCGGCACAAUGGAAGACCGGGAACCCAAUAACUCCGCCUCUUUCUCUUCAACCACCGCGGCCGCCGCCGUCACCGCCAUCUCUUCCUCUUCAUCCUUCUCUUCUAUCCCCUCGUCUUCCGGCCCGAAUGCCUCGCCCCAAUCAGCGCACACCGUCUCCAACAACACCAAGGCUCGCAAAUGUAGUUCUAGAUCUAAGAAGCGAGAGGCCGAGGCCGCCGCUGCUGAUGCCGCCGGAGCUAAGAAGAAAACCAGUGAUGGGAAACACCCUGUCUACAGCGGGGUCCGGAAGCGGAGUUGGGGCAAAUGGGUGUCGGAGAUCCGCGAGCCGCGGAAGAAGUCCAGGAUCUGGCUGGGCACCUUCCCGACGGCCGAGAUGGCGGCACGAGCCCACGAUGUCGCCGCGCUCGCCAUUAAAGGCCAGGAGGCGCGCCUCAACUUCCCCCACUUGGCCGCCGAGCUCCCGCGCCCUGCUUCCGCGUCGCCCAAGGACAUCCAGGCGGCGGCCGCCCUCGCCGCCGCCUGCACAUCGUUCGAGUGCGGCCGUGAUCCCAUGCCGCCGGACGCCGCAUCGACCCCCUCGACGAGCGAUUCAGACGAAAUGCUGUUCGACCUCCCCGAUCUGUUUCUGGAUGGGAGGGAAGGGUUCUGCUACUCAGCUUCCUCUUCGUCUUCCUCGUGGUUUGUGGUCGCCCCGGAUGACGCAAUCGAGUUCCGAAUAGAGGAACCAUUCCUGUGGGAGCACUAUUAGAGCUCAUGGUCGCCAUGCACUUUGGUGUUCUCCAUAUCUAAUUUGCUGCCAUGAGCAGUCGAUUCAGAGCUCCCCUUCGAUGGUGAUCAGAGCUCUUCCACUCUCGCCCGAUCAGCUAAAACAUCAUUUUCGCUCGAAUUCACAGCCGCUUGGUGGCUUUCUCACCCAAAGCCAAUUCCAUUCCUCCACUUCCAUGUACAGUAAGUAAUCAGGCAAUAUAUAUUUCAUUUUCUUAACUUUUCUUUUGUCCAAAAGCUUGUUUUUAUUUGUUGAUAUUAGAGAAACAAUUAAUAAUGAUCAAAUUCUCUGUAUGCAAGGAAUAAGAAUCAAACGGGUGGUUAUUUUUUUAGACUA